CUGCGUGUGUGUUUGGUAGAAUGUCUCGUGCAGAGAAGGCUUUUAACUGUCACUCGCUCUGCGCGACCUGACGCGCACACCUCAAAACGGUGAAUUUAUCCAAAAUAUAAUGUUCAGUCGCGUUUUAUGGUGACCAGCUGACUCUGAGACGUUUGGAGGAAAUGGUGUGUGUCGGUAUCAGUGCAGCCAUGUUGUCCAGAUUAGGCAUGAGUGUGAGGCCAUGUGUGAGCGUGUGCCGAUGGGUUCACACUAAAGAAAAGGGGAAACCGCUCAUGCUCAACCCACAUACCAACAAGGGAAUGGCCUUCACUCUGAAAGAACGGCAGAUUUUGGGCAUUCAUGGUCUGUUGCCACCAAAGAUCGAGACUCAGGACACGCAGGCCAUGCGCUUCCAGAAGAACCUGAAGAAGAUGUCCGACCCACUGCAGAAGUACAUCUAUCUAAUGGGGAUCCAAGAAAGAAACGAGCGUCUCUUCUACCGUGUGCUUAUGGAAGACAUCGAGGCUCUCAUGCCCAUCGUCUACACACCUACUGUGGGUCUCGCAUGUACUCAGUAUGGACAUAUCUUCAGGCGACCCAAAGGUCUGUUUAUCUCCAUUAAGGACCAAGGACAUAUUCGUUCCAUACUGGAUAAUUGGCCAGAAACCACUGUCAAGGCUGUAGUGGUGACAGACGGUGAGCGUAUCCUGGGUCUGGGUGAUCUGGGAGUGUAUGGGAUGGGUAUUCCUGUAGGGAAGCUGUGUCUUUAUACGGCCUGUGCUGGGAUUCGGCCUGAGAGUUGCCUGCCGGUCUGCAUUGAUGUAGGCACGGAUAACGAGAAGUUACUGAGGGACCCGUUCUACAUGGGUCUGUAUCAGCGGCGUGACCGUUCGCAGCGCUACGACGAUCUCAUAGACGAGUUCAUGGAAGCUGUGGUGGAUAAGUACGGACAGGACACCCUCAUCCAAUUUGAGGACUUUGGGAAUCACAAUGCCUUUCGAUUUCUGAAGAAAUAUCGUGAGAAGUACUGUACCUUCAAUGAUGACAUCCAGGGCACUGCAUCAGUAGCUCUGGCAGGUUUGUUGACCGCUCAACGUGUUUUGGGGAAGCCAAUAUCUGAACAUAAAGUUCUGUUUCUGGGGGCUGGAGAGGCUGCUCUGGGAAUCGCUAACCUGAUCGUCAUGGCCAUGAUGGAGUCGGGAGUGUCUCAGGCAGAAGCCAGAAAGAAAAUCUGGAUGUUUGACAAAUAUGGUCUGUUAGUAAAGGGCAGAGCUUAUGAGACCGAUACUAAUCAGGAGGGUUUUCUUCACCCUGAUCCCGGGGAAGUGAAAAGCUUCUUAGAUGCUGUCAAUGUUAUUAAGCCCACGGCGAUCAUCGGUGUGUCAGGUGCCGGCCGGCUCUUCACUCAUGAUGUCAUCAGAGCAAUGGGCAGCUUGAACGAGCGUCCGAUUAUCUUCGCCCUCAGCAACCCGACUGCCAAGGCAGAGUGUACAGCUGAAGAUGCCUACAGCCUCACACAGGGAAGGUGUUUGUUUGCCAGUGGCAGUCCGUUUGCCCCGGUGUCACUAGAAGAUGGCAGGAUACUGACCCCUGGACAGGGCAACAAUGCUUAUAUAUUCCCAGGUGUAGCUCUGGCUGUUAUACUCAGUGGAGUGCGACACAUCAGUGAUACGGUCUUCCUUGAGGCCGCAAAGACGCUGGCGGAUCAGCUGACAGAUGAAGAGCUGAGUCAGGGCCGACUGUAUCCACCCCUGUCCAAUAUCAGAGAGGUGUCACUGCAGAUGGCCAUCAAGGUGAUGGAGUAUGUGUAUUUAAAGGGAAUGGCGUUUCGAUACCCAGAGCCUGUGGAUAAGGAAGGGUACAUCAGAUCUGUUUUGUGGAACACCAACUACGAUUCGUUUGUGCCCGAGAUGUACGACUGGCCCGGGGUUUCUCACAGCCCUGUAGUAGACUAGACGACAAACAUGUGAGAAAACACUAAACCGAGAGAAAGGGGUCAAGAACUAGGAAGUGUGCACUCUUUUUUUUGCAACUUCUAGAAUUUAUUCAUAUUUCUGACCCUUUGUUUAAAUUGCAAGUUUAUGGAUAAAUGGAUGAAUUUUUCCUAGAUCUUUAUCUAGUGUCUGUCCAGGAAACAUUUCACUACAGAAUGCAAAUAAAUAACUACUAAAAUAAAAUUUUGCACAGAGAAAAUGAAACCUAUUUUAAUCAUUUUCAUCACAAUUCAGCACAUUUUACCCAAAAAGCACAGUGAAAUAUUUUAUUUACAUUUAUGCAUUGUACUACUUAGAUGUUUCCUGUCAUUUGUAUAACACCUUUUCACUUCUUCACAACAUUACAAUUUAAUAAGAAACCAUUAAGACUUAAUUAAAUGACUUAAGAAUUAAAAACAACUCUCAAUAGUAAAUGUCCAGAGCCAUUUUGCUUAUGAAAAUUUGGUAGUAAAAAUUGAAAAUGAUUUCACAGUGCAAAAUAGCUGAAUGAUUCUAAUUAAACGUCAUAUUCUUUCAUUGCAAAAUAAAUAUUUAUUUGUUUUUGCACCCUCACAGUAUUUUCUCCAGUCUAGAGUUCAAUAGUGUGCCUUGUCGCUCCUCUCAGUUGUGUUUAUAUGCUAUGUGCAUUGAAACCUUAAUGAAAUUGCGCUCUAUUUGUUCAUGUAUGUGUUGGUUUCUUGUUGUGUCUGUAACAGCCAUUCAGUUCAUAAAGAUCCAUUUGUUUCCUAGAGGAGGAGGACGUGAAACUAUAUUAUAUAGUACAGUAUAUUGCACAAUUAUAAUUGCAUCAUGGCGUAUAUUUGUAGCUGUGACUUUGAAUUUCUAGGGCAUUUACCAGCAAAUAUUUACAUGCUUAGGAUAUAAACAUGCUUUUUAUAUAGUUAUAAAAAAAAGUGUCAAAUGUCAUUGUAACAGAAUAAACCUUAACGUGGUCAUCUUAUUUUUCCUUAAAGGGGUUUAUUUUGAAAAAUGACCGCCUGAGUGUAUGUUAUCCAACUUAUUGCACAGAUACUUCCCAAAUAAAUUAAUAUGUGGACAUGAUUUUUAGUUCAGAUUAUGUGAAAAAAAA